GGUCUUUAUCUUAUUCAUUCUUAUUUUUGUCUUAGUAUACAAGUUAUAUACUGACCCCAGUUCCAAAAGAAGAUUGAAAGAGAUCUUCAAAUUCUCAGAAGGAAAAUUGAUCAUGAGAGCAACUUAAAUGAUUGUUUCAUCAACAAUGAAUGAUUCUGCAGAUCAAUUGUCUCAAUUAGCUCUGGAUUUGUUCAGCAAGUAUGUACCGAAAAAGAUACAAAAAGGUAUUAUAGGCAACACUAUUGGUGGUCAAAGACGGAUGUCUAAUCUAGAGUCGGCUAUUUUACCACAACUUGGGCAUGAUAUGCGGCCUCCAGAUUCACAAAGAGAGAAAUCUAAAUCAGAACAGUUCACUAUAUUCUACGCUGGGACUGUGCAUGUUUAUGACAAUAUUCCUGUUGAAAAGGCAGAGUUUGUUAUGAAUCUGGCACGUGAAAGUUCACACUUAUCUGGUUCUACUAAUGCAAAAUAUCCCCCAAAGGAAAUUAAAACAACUCAGAAAUCCCAAGUUCCAUCAGCCUGUAAAUUUCAAGCAGACCUGCCAAUUGCAAGAAGAAAAUCCCUGAAAAGAUUCUUCGAGAAACGCCGUAAGAGGAUUAUAAGUAAACACCCUUAUGCCUCUCUUGCUCGUACUCAGCAUGAACAUGAAUGUGAUGAUCAGAGUGGAAAUGAUAAUUUGAAGGAAAAAGAAAGGUUGCUCCCUCUAUGUGAAGCAAAGAAGGGCUAGGUUUUAAUUUAUUGAUGUCCAAAAGGAAAAUCUUUUAUUUCUGGCAUUGGACAUUUCAACAUGCUCCAAGAACUUUGUUAGUCAAAAUAUAUAAUCAAGGAACUGUCCAGUUCAGAUUAGUGUACCACUGUGUGAAGUAUUUUUUCAGCAAAUUUUGCAGUGGUUUAAUUUAUCUUUUCCACUGAAAUUGUAAAUAGAAAUUUACUACUAAAUAGCAUAUUAUUUGCACAAAA